AACGCCACUGCUAACCAGUUGUACAUCAACGGAUUUGAAGUUCUUAUGUCCGUAUUUUUAAAAAAAUUAUAAAAAAAGAUGUACACAGAUCUGCCUCGCGCCGCGAUACCCAGCAGCUCGCGCCCGCCACCGGCGACUCCAUUGGCGCGCGCGCAAUCGUGAACGAGGCGGAAGUCAAAGGCACGCGGGGGGGGAUUCCCCGUGGGAAGUUCCCAGCGCUUUAUUAAACAUGUCAAGCGUACGUUUGUGCGCGAGGCAGUGUUUCCUCUUGGUUCUGUCGUAAAAAAAAAAAAAAAAAAAAAAAAAAAAAAAAAAAACAAGAAGAAGAAGAAGAAGAAGGACGUUUGUUACUCUUCUUCUUCAAGAGUAACAGAACAAACGUUGAUCUGACAAACGCUCAAUAAAUGUAGGUCACCGUGGAUUUUUUUCGAGCUGGACAGAUUCCACUUUUAAACAGAGCAGACGUUCGGUUUCAUGGAUCUUUGUGAAUCAGCGAGGUUCUUCCCGGUGUUUCUGCGGGACCCAUGAAUGCUCUAUCAGUAAUGGUACUGAAGUGCACGGUAUGGACAGGAAUAUUGGUGACCAGCUCAACAAAGCUUUUGAAGCCUAUCGUCAAGCCUCUAUUGAGAAAGAGAGUGCAAAAAAAAAGCUCCAGCAAAAGACAGAGCAUUUUGAACGGUACACCCAGAAACUUGAAAAACAGAUAGAAGACCAGAAGCAUGAGAUUUCAGAACUUAGAGCUCAGCUGCAGAGUUUAACAGCAAAACAUGGUUCAGGAGAAAUGCAGAGCUAUGAAUCUGCUCCUCGAAAACAGGAAGUAGAAACAUUGUCGUCCUGCGACGAUCACCCUGACAACACAUCAUCUAGUUCCCAGAGGAGAAAAAUGUUUGUGGGGAACACAGAAGCCAUAGAGAUGCCUCCACUCUCAUUUUCUACAACCAGCAGGGCGGAGAAUGAAAAAGUUUUUGACACAUUUAAAGAACUUCAGGGGACAUUUCAGCGGAUUCAAGCAUUAACAAGGAAACAAAAUGAUCACCUGAGAAAAAUCUGGAGAAGAAGUGAUACAGCAAUCGAGCAACAGUUCUCCAUGCCCAUCCAGUGCACAGAUGUGACGGCAGAGCAGGCAGAAGGGCCUUUCUCAUCCACCAUCAAGCCUCAGGCAGAGGAGCAGCUGCCCAGCGGUCCUUUAGCAUCCCGGGGGAGUAGCCCAGUAGAUGGAGAUUUCAUUGACUCCCUGAAGAGGCUGUCUGUUAAGUUCCCUCCUUCUGCGGACAGUGAGUAUGAAUUUCUGAACAGCGCCCCGGAGAGGCCACCGGACCAGAAGGAAAUGACCUUGGGAGAUGUCGUUCCCCAACGUUCACAGGACAAGUCUUUGGAGUCACUCCUCCCGUACUCUGGGUUGGCAGCUAUCACAGCAUCCUGUUCAGCUGCCAUUGUCCAUGAGGGUGUUCGGGGACCUCAGCAGGCCCUGUGGAGCCCAGAGCUGUGCACAGCCCAGCCGCUGGUCCAGUGUACCACACCGCGCCAGAGCGAGAGCCCCGGCAAGUGUGCCUUCUGCAACGCUGCGGUCCCCAACGACCACAUCUACAGCCACCUCAACUCACACUUCCAAAAACAGGCCAGCAAUGGACAUUAGCGGGCACUAGCUGAGCAGGCUGGCCAGGCCACACACCCUCUGUAUGAUACUGUCUACUGCUGUUGUCCACAUCCUUGUGCCUCUGAUCAUAAACCUGUGUACCUCGUAACACAUAUUUAAUUUUUGUCUUUUUGUGAAAGAGUCAAAUGGUGGACUUCAGUGUUUGUGUCUUUAAAUUGUCUUUGAAUUGAACUUAACUGCUCUAAUACAUGCUAGUAUUACCUAGUAAAUGCAGAGUGUGUAUAAUAAAACUGUGCUUUAAUGAUAACGGUACAGAAAAGCUAACAGUUACUAUUUUUCCAUUUAUCGUGUGAUGCAUGCUGUAAUGCUGCUUAGGUGAACCUGGGCUAUGUUGCACAAGUGCCUCCAACUCGGUCAGUGUGUAAUGGUUUCAGCGUGUGAACUAGAUCCAGUAGAUUAGCAUGAUGAAUCAUCACAAAGGAUUUGCAUUAUAGUGCACUGCUCUUCUCAGGUCCAGUUUGACUGGUAUCAAGAAAAUAAAUAUUAAUACCAUA